CAGGAUGUCAAUGGCUUUCACAUGUCAGGAUAACCUUAAAGACAGAGGAAUGGUCAAACCCUGAGCCUCAUUUCUGAGUUCUCAGCUGCUGUGCUGUGGAAAUCAUGUGUUUAUUUUCUGCGUCUCCUCCUGCAACAGUCACUCUGAAGCCAGUUUUAAGAUCCUUCAUCUGGGCAAGCAAGCUCCUCUAGAAGUUGUCACAACCUCUGGACAAAAGAGAAGAGCGACAUUCAGGAAUCUGAAAGGGGAUGGUCAGAAUGAACAUGAUUUGAGUCCUUGGUCGCUUGUUGGAGAACGAUGAGGAUGACAGACACUUGCAUAAAGACACGGCUGAUGUUAUUUAAACCUACUUCAGAAUAGAAGAUUUCUUUCUACUUAACCAUAAGCAUAGGGUUUUCUGCAGAAUACCAUUUGGUCCUACUAAGAAUUGACCAUUCAAAUGUUGGAGCAUUUGAUUGAAAAAUUCAUCUUAGCCUUUUUAAAGAGAGUCCACUGGUGGACUGGAUUUUAUGAGAGAAAAAAUACGUAGAAAUUUUUUUCAUUUACCAAAAUCAUUAUGAGACCGGAACAAUAAAUCCAAUAUAAAAUCAUCAGAAGUUAAGCUGGGAGGAAUAACAUAAUUACAACUGGAGAGAUAGCUUACAAUUGAUUACAAGAAUUGAUUCCUCUGAGACUCAUCAGAUCAUUUCCUGUAAAAUCCGUAUCUUUCUAUUUGUGAAAAAGACCUCUUGGAAACCAUCCUCAUCAGACCCAGGAGUUUGAAAGAAGCAGGUUCUGAACCUUAGUUUUUUCCCUAAACAAGAAAAAUGGGCUGUGAUCGAAACUGUGGGCUCAUCGCUGGUGCUGUCAUUGGUGCAGUCCUGGCUGUGUUUGGAGGUAUUCUAAUGCCAGUUGGAGACAUGCUUAUUGAGAAGACAAUUAAAAAGGAAACUGUCCUUGAAGAAGGUACAAUUGCUUUUAAAAAUUGGGUUAAAACAGGCACAGCAGUUUACAGACAGUUUUGGAUCUUUGAUGUGCAGAAUCCAGAGGAGGUGGCUGUUAACAGCAGCAAAAUUAAAGUUAAGCAAAGAGGUCCUUACACGUACAGAGUUCGUUACCUAGCCAAGGAAAAUAUAACCCAGGACUCUGAGACCCACACGGUCUCUUUCCUACAGCCCAAUGGUGCCAUCUUUGAACCCUCACUAUCAGUUGGAACCGAGAAUAAGACUUUCACUGUUCUCAAUCUGGCUGUAGCAGCUGCACCCCACCUCUACCCAAACAUAUUUAUUCAAGGAGUACUCAAUUCACUUAUCAAAAAGUCAAAAUCUUCUAUGUUUCAAAAGAGAACUUUGAAAGAACUAUUGUGGGGCUAUAAGGAUCCAUUCUUGAGUUUGGUUCCAUACCCUAUUACCACUACAGUUGGUGUGUUUUAUCCUUACAACAAUACUGCAGAUGGAGUUUAUAAAGUUUUCAGUGGAAAGGACGACAUAAGCAAAGUUGCCGUAAUCGACACAUAUAAAGGCAAAAAGAAUCUCUCCUAUUGGCCAAGUUAUUGUGACAUGAUUAAUGGUACAGACGCAGCAUCAUUUCCACCUUUCAUUGAGAAGACCCAGGUAUUGCAGUUCUUCUCCUCUGACAUUUGCAGGUCAAUCUAUGCUGUGUUUGGAGCCGAAAUUAAUCUGAAAGGAAUCCCCGUGUAUAGAUUUAUCCUUCCAUCCUUGGCUUUUGCAUCUCCACUUCAAAAUCCAGACAACCACUGUUUCUGCACAGAAAAAAUUGUCUCCAAAAAUUGUACUUCAUAUGGUGUGCUAGAUAUUGGCAAAUGCAAAGACGGAAAACCCGUGUAUAUUUCACUUCCUCAUUUUCUAUAUGCAAGUCCUGAAACUGCACAACCUAUCGAAGGCUUAAAUCCAAACGAAGAAGAACACAGCACAUACUUAGAUGUUGAACCUAUAACUGGAUUUACGUUACGAUUUGCAAAACGGCUGCAGAUCAACAUACUGGUCAAGCCAGCAAGAAAAAUUGAAGCAUUAAAGGGUCUGAAGCAGAACUAUUUUGUGCCUAUUCUUUGGCUUAAUGAGACUGGUACCAUUGGUGAUGAGAAGGCAGAAAUGUUUAGAAAUCAAGUGACUGGAAAAAUAAACCUCCUUGGCCUCGUAGAAAUUACCUUACUCAGUGUUGGUGUGGUGAUGUUUAUUGUUUUUAUGAUUUCAUACUGUGCAUGCAGAUCAAAGAGAGUAAAUUAAGAAGCAAAUGAGUCGACAUUUAUGCACCAGCUACAUGAGGACCUUUCUUAAUAUCGACCUACAAAAUGAAGAUUGAAUAUGCUUUAUUUUUGCAAAACACACAGUUGAAGAACUGGCGGCACUUUUGUUCUCUGCACUGAUCAGCAGCACAUUUCUAAAGGAUUAUUAAGAUGUCAUUAAAAUCCACACUUUGAACAAAAAGCAGUCACUUAAAAUUCAACAUGUUCACAAUGGAAUGGAUUUCAGUUUCUACAGAUGUGGCUUCAGUAUGAGCCAAUUAUUUUUAUUUGGUACUGAUUCACUGAUUGGUUCCCUUUUGUUAAAUUCAGAAGAGGGGUGGAUGUUCUAAACAAAUCCUGGACCCUGAACUCUUGUCUUCCUCAUCAAAGGGAAAACAUCACUACCCUCAUCAGUGUCCCUGCAAUACACAGACCCCAGGACUGUCAGGACAUUGCUUUUCAUGAGCAUCAACCAUUUUGAAAGACGUUUAAAAAUGGAAACUAAAUGACUGGCCUAUGAACCAUUUAUUAUACAUUACUUAAGUUUCUUUCUCUAUGGAAUCCUUUGUACAGCAUCAGUAGGCACUAUAACCAUGCUGUUUAUAACAAUAUGGGCUUAUAUUUUUGUCAAUGAUUAUACAAAUGGACAUGUUUGGGACUGUCAUUUUCCAUGUUCUGCAGUUCUUUUGGAAAUUUGAGUAGAUUUUGAUCUUUUCACUCAGUUGCAUACAACUUAUACUUGGCAACCUCAGGAUACUGUGCUAGUAUUAAGAGCUGUAAAUGAUAAUACAGAAAUUACUGUGUGGGAGAUUACAAAGAGUAGAAUGUGCAUUCAUAGUUAUUUGUUGUAGUAUCUCUUGCUUUCACAGUCACCACAGAAAGACUGGUUUCAAACAUUAAAAGAUGUCCUUCCUUAAA